AUGGACCUGUUACGCGAGUUACGCGACAAUUUGAUCAUUCGGCAAAACACUUUGCUGAGGCUUCUAGAAUGUCUACAACAACUGAUUGAAAAUCGUAGGGCACUACAAGACCUUCGUGCUCAACUAGCCAACAUCAUCAGUGGUUCGGCCGGUUUAUCAGAAAACCAGAUUUCAAAACAUUUAAAAGUCAGCACAAUCCAAGAAAGAAAGAUGGUGAUAAGCAGCCGUGGUGGUAAAGAAGAAGAAUUAGUACUGGAUACAUUAAUAUGUGCUAUUUGCUUGGGUGAGUAUGAAGAAAACGGCGAAACGACGAUAGGGACAUUAGAUUGUGGACAUGAGUAUCAUCCACAAAGCAUCAAGGAUUGGCUUUUAUGCAAGAAUGUUUGUCCGAUGUGCAGGGCUACCGCGUUGAAUGUAGAUGUCAAUUUGGAAUCUUGA